AAAUAAUUAUUGUUUAUUUAGCACCGUGUCUGUUUUUGUUCACACAGGCUCGAUUAACUACGGCGGAACACCAUGGGCGACGAUUUGCCGGAAAACGCGAUGGGAACUAUCCUGGACUGUGCGAUCAAUUUGCUCGCCCAUGGCGUUCAGAUUCCGGACUCGAUGACGGCGUACCGCGACUUGGUCCUGGAGCAUCAACAGCUGCUGGAGAGGGUGGUGGAACCGGUCAAGUGUGACGCCAAGGCGGCCGAGUUCCGCCAGCAAGGGAAUCGGCUCUACCAGGCCAAACGGUACGAGAAGGCGCUGGAGAAGUACAACGCAAGCAUUUGCUACGCGGAGGCAGGUUCCGAUCAGUUGGCCAUGGGGUACGCAAAUCGGUCGGCGAUCUACUUCGAGCAAGGAGAGUACGAAUUUGCGUUGCUCAACAUCCGGCUUGCCCGGAACCACAACUAUCCGGAGAAGCUGAUGGAGAAACUGGACACGAGGGAGAAGAACUGCCGAAAGAAAAUCGAGGAAGGUCUUGCGAAGAACAACGUGCCCUGUCCACGGAUGGGAAUUAAUGUUGAGAUCAAUCCGAAAAUUCCCUUCCUAGCCAGGGGAAUCGGCAUGAAGCAGUAUCCGGGAAGUGGUCGUGGGUUGGUCGCGGAGAGGAACUUCAAGGCGGGUGACGUCAUCCUCGAUGAAAAGCCCAUCGUCGGCGUAGUGGCCUGGCCUUACAAAUACCUGAACUGCAGCCACUGUGGCAUUUCGAACCAGCACAGCUUGAUUCCGUGUCCGAACUGUGUCAUGUACAUGUACUGCAGCGAGGAAUGUCUCGCCGAGGACAAGCGAUUGACCCAUCGAUUCGAGUGCGGCUUCGGUGCCCAAGCGGAGAACACUACCUUCAACAGCUCGAACAAUGCACCGAAACUGUUCUUCUACGGAUUGACUCUGUUCAAGAACGAUUUGAAUCAGAUGAUGGAAUACUGCGAAAAGAACGCCGAAAUCGGAGCGGAUCCUUUCACGCUGGACUACACAAAGUACGAUCCGUUGGAGGAGUUCAAAAUGCUGCACAAAGCCAAGCUACCUCGCACCCCGUUGGUCGAGUUCUCUUACAAGCUGUGCGCCGCCGUCAACUACAUCGUUCUGAUGAAGCAACCCGCCGUCAAAUCGCUGGUGACCACCGAAGCGCAGAAACGGUUCUUCAUGAACUGCCUCAACCACUACCAGCGCUUAUCAAGCUACCUUUCGUGGGAAUGGAACACCGGGCCGGUCGCCAUCGCCGUCGGGUUGACGACCAUCGGAAGCUUGUUCAACCACUCGUGCGAUCCGAACGCCACCGUCAUGUACAGCCAUGGUCGGCUCAAGUGCGUCCUCAUCCGGCCCGUCCGCAAGGGCGAGCAAAUCACGUACAGUCUCGGCCCGGCCUGGUUCAACCCGGAAGGCAAGCCAGUGUCCGAGCUGAGCUUCAAGUGCCGCUGUCCGGUUUGUCGAUGUGGAAGCGUCCGCGAGUGGUUGAAAACAGGCAAGCCACUUCCGGCGUGCGCCCGCAACGACUUGGAAUUGUGCACGGCGGUGGUGAUGAGUGAAAUGGCCAACGAUGCGGCCAAGCUGAACGCCUGCCAGCAGAUCAUCCAGCGGUACGAUCACUUCCAGCCGAACAUGGAUUUGAGCUCCCUUUUGAUGAUCUAUAUAGACAGUUUGGAGGAAGCCAUCCUGAAGGAGAACGUCCAGCUUAAUCGAGCCAAGGUUGCUGCCACUGUGGUUUAAUUUUGUUUUUGCAAUUUCGUCGUGAAACUUCUUACUUUUCCUGU